GCGUGGCCUGUACCUGCAUGAAGCCGAUCACCUGGUCACCUGCUCAGACCUGCACUUGCAUGUGCGGAGUGCGCUGCCCUGUUCAGAAAAGAUACGGGCUGGAACCGGGAUGUGUUUAUUUAAUUUUUUUUUUUUUAACACCUGUGAAGACAAUGAUCAGCUUUCAACACACUCCUCCUGAUGGGUGUACGGAUCUCUUAGUACAUUCAUUGUGUCACCUGCUGGCACAGUUCGUGUAACCUGAAGACAAUAACACACCGGGUCCCGGGACCGUACCCCCGAAAGAUGAUCCACUUGUAGGAACAACAAACCACACAGAUUGGAUUACUUACCUGGACCCAAUGAGGCGGAUUCAAACCUUUAUUGCUAUGGUUCUUCUCGCCUCAUUGUUUCUGAUCUUGUUCUACUCGACCCUUCACCUGGAAAACGCCCACGGUCGCAUGGUGGAGCGAGAUGACCUGUUGAAGGAGGAGGAACCGCUGAGGUCCGACCCACAAGAUGAGAUCCCUGUUGUUGAUGUAGGCUCUUCCAAACAGGAGAACAUCACCCUGCCUCACCCUGAUGUCUUCAGAGUGUCCGUUUCUGAAAGCCUCACGCAGACCAUCCCCCAAAAUGGAGCGUACUGGAACCGACUGCUGUACUCAGCCCUUAAGAAUGUAGAUAAUGAGUCCCGUUCCAAACAUGAGCCACCAUGGCCUCAAUGCAGAGAAACCAGUCAAGAACCUCUGAAAACCAAUAUCCAUGACUUCAACUCCUACCCGGCCUUAUUCCAGGACUUUCUGCAGGGUAUGAACUGCAGGUUUCCUCCGGUUCUGAUCGAUCAACCCAACAAGUGCACCUCUAGUGAUGCAAAAGGAGACAGUAAGACCUUCCUACUUUUUGCUAUCAAGUCCAGACCUGCACAUUUUGAGCAGAGGCAAGCGGUUCGAGAUACCUGGGGACAAGAGGGGCUUUAUCAGAACAACCUGAGGGUCCGGACUGUGUUUCUCUUGGGCAGCUCGUUGCCAGAUGAUCCAGAUCUCACCUCACUGCUGUCAUUUGAAGCUAAAACCUUUGGAGAUGUUCUGCAGUGGGACUUCCAUGAUUCCUUUUUAAACCUGACUCUCAAAAUGAACAUGCUCCUCCAGUGGACACUUAAGAACUGUCCCCACGUGUCCUUCAUGUUCAGCGGGGACGACGAUGUAUUUGUCAACACGCCUGCUUUGCUCAGUUACUUGCAGUCUCAUGAGCCCUCCAAGGCCUCUCAGCUCUACGUCGGACAGGUCAUAAACACAGCAAGUCCCCUCAGAAACCCCAGCAGCAAAUACUACAUCCCUUUGAGCUUCUACGACGGCCCUUACCCUGCUUACGUCGGCGGUGGUGGUUUUGUUUUCUCUGGUGUGCUGUUGCAGAAACUAUAUGGCAUUUCACAUGCUAUUCCGUUUUUCCCCAUUGAUGAUGUCUACAAUGGGAUGUGCUUUAAGGCACUGGGAAUUUCUCCUGAGCCACAUGCUGGUUUCCAGACCUUUGAUGUCAAUGAACAAGACCGUGAAAAUCUGUGUGUGCAUAAAUCUAUAAUUCUGGUCCACCAGCGCUCCCCACAGCAGAUGAAGAAGUUGUGGAAGGGCAUUCACAGUCCAUUUCUGACUUGUUGAAAUAAAUAAAAAAAAGUCUCGUUAGCAACAACAAGAGAUCUUUACUGGAUCCACAGAUGCUGCAUUGGGUAUUGGAUCAUGGGACUCCUAUUUUUUGGGGCAUUUCGGCCGGGGUUGGGGUUACGUCCUGCAUCACUGAUGUGUUUGAUGCAGGUUCUUGUGUUGGCGUGGUGUUAUAAUCCAGUAACCCCCUAACCCCAACCCUAACACAUAGAACGUAACCCUGCCCCUGGACGAAAUACAUACAAUGAAAUGCCCCAAAUAAUAGGACCGCCGUUGGAUCAUAUACCAGUGUGUUCACUACAUUGGAUCAGUCAAGACUCUCCUGAAUACAUUUUGUCAAUUAAGAAGCAUUAAUGUUUAUAUUUUUUUCAAACAAUUUCAGUGGGUUUUAUUAUAUUUAAAGGUUAUAGAUCUGUGUUUGGAGGGAAAAAAGAUUUGUCUCGAUGGUUUUUACUGAAAUCAGAUGAGAAAUGUCAACUUGCAUUGGCUAUGACAUAAAAAAUGACACCUUUCUCUCUCUCUUUUUUAAAUUUUGUUUUUAACGAAAGAAGUUAGGUUUUUACAAACAUUGAAAAAUUUUUACAGAUACACAUAAACUUUAUACAUCCAGAGAAAGGGUGUAAAAACAAAAACAUUUACAGCAGGUUAUUAUUGUCUUGGCAUAUCAGAUUUCAGAGUAAAGGAUCAAUAUAUAAAUAGAUAAAUAAAAACACAAAAACAUAUUUCCUUCAGUUAGAGGAUUUUGAGUCCAUAUUUAUGCAGUCAUCUCAACAACAUUUGGUCUCAAAGGCCUCACAUAUCUCACCCAUCCCUCCCAGUAUUGCACAAAAGAAUCCAUUUUCAAAUUUACACCACACAUUUCUCAUUCUUUGUAUUGUUUUUACAUGUGUUAAGCAGAGUCUUGACCAGUCCAAUGAGGGUUAAAGUGACUAGUGCGGUGUCUACAUAUAUAUGUUUAGGACUGAAUUCAUUUUCUGCAGCUAACAUAGCCAUCCACUCUGAUCAAAAACAGAGAAGCAUUCACACCUUCCUAUUUAUUGCUUGAUCUUACAGUAGCAACAGCGCCCCCCACUGCAGAUGAAAAGCAAUCAGCCUGUUUCUGACAUGUUGAACGGACUUAGAUUCAACUGCAGAGAAUGGAAUGACUGAGAAACUGUGACCUUUCCUCUUUGCACCAGCUGACCUUUUGGGUGGUUCAGCAUGAUAGUUAUUCAUGUUCUGUCCAGGUAAACACUGUUAAGAUGUCAUUAACCCAGUUCAGUCUAAAUUAAA